UUCCAAAACAAAAACAACCUCAUGAAGGCAAAAUGGCGGACAUGCAAAUUGCAGGUCCAACAGCCAUCUUUUCUUCUAAAAAGCCCAUAAUAACGAAAUUUAUACCACGGAGUUCAUAGCAGCAAUGCCGUGGUUCUUCCCUUGGUCGGACUUUAUAAAGAAAAGGGCCUGUAGAUAUCUCUUACAGCACUAUCUCGGCCAUUUUCUGCAGGAGAAACUGACGUUAGACCAGUUGACUGUCGAUCUUUACAAUGGAACCGGUAGAGUGGACAAAGUCCCAUUGGACGUUUGGUCAGUGAAUGAAAUGCUAGACAAUGCUGGAAUACCAUUGGAGAUCAUUGAUGGGUUCAUUGGCAGCAUUUCAGUGUCUGUUCCUUGGACAGCUCUUCUCAGUGAAAGCUGUUGUCUGGACAUCCAAGGUCUUGAAGUUACCAUCAUGCCGAGACAGCGAGUGGAUACAGGAGGAAGUAUGACUGAUUCAAUGAUCUGGAAUGCAAUGACCACAAGUAUGCAACUGGCUCAGGAGUGCCUAAAGGAAAGUCCAUCCAGCGGGGAGGAACAAGCUGAAGCUAGCCAACCCUUUGAGGGUUUAGAAUCCUUUGCACAAACUAUAGAGUCUGUGUUAGCAAGAGUGAAGCUGUCUUUCACAGACACAGUGAUUAGAUUUGAGCAUUUACCCAAAGAUACAGCGACAGGGAUAGGAUUAGAAAUACACAUUAAAAGAACUGAUUAUUCAGACCUUUCUACCAAGCUAGCUGAGGAAGAUAGUCACUUUAAGGCCAAGAGUGUCUAUGAACCUGCUGCUUGUGCAUGCAAAAACCUCAAGAUCUUUGGAGUUACUGUCCAUCUCGACGAAUUCCCAGAGGAGUCAAGGACAAUGCCUCAAGUCCCUGACUUUUCUCAUUCACCCCCACUCUCCCCUAGUGGUGGGUCAUGCUCUCCGCUUCUUCAUAACCCAUUUAAUCCUCUUGGGAGACCUUCAUUAUCAGCAGAUCAGAUCAGCAAACCUCCUCUCUCAGGGAGCCUAUUGCCACAAAUUAAGAUCCUGACAUUUGCUGGUCACUCUGAGAUCAAACUAAAACUGAAACAGAAUGUCACUGUACCAGGGCCAAAGGUGGAUGUUGAGUGUUUUAUUGGGACAAUGAAUGUUUUCUUGUCACCAAAACAACUCCACCUACUCUUAGAACUUUGCAGUGGAUUUUCAUCUCCAGAUAUAUCCAACCAUACUCCCGACAAAGGCCAUGCUUUCAACAAACCCAUGCAACCAGAAGACUUCCAAAAAAUAGAACAAGAGUUGCAGAACCAACUGAUGUCCACAAAGCAGCAGGAGCAGAGACAGCGACAAGGGCAGCAACGUGUAGACUCUUGGAACUUCUCCUUCGACUCUGCCACUGCAAAUGACACACCUUCACACUACUCUUCAGGGACUGAUUACAACAGCAUCUUAGGAGGGGAGGGAGAGGAUACAUUUUAUUCCAUGUCAUCUAAUCAUGAUGUGCUACCUCCUCUGGAGGAACCAGUCUUACCAGCUGACAUGCUGCCUGUAAAAUCAUCAGGAAGUCUGCCACAUUCAGCAGAGUUUUCUCCAUUAGGAACUUUGGGUGGGGUGCAAUCUUCUCAUUAUAACUUGAUGAACUCUAUAGGAUGUGACAAGAGAUUCAUGAGCCACAAAACACAAAUACCAGGUACCUCUCUAGCUGAAGCUGCCAAUACAGUCUUUGUCCGUGCAAAACAAACUGUGCCUGUUAUUGAUGGUACUGCUAAUACCCCUCAAAGCAAUGUUUCAAGACGCAGUCUUUCAUCAUCAAGCAAUCCUGGUCUUGCUGGAAUAGCUGCCUUGGAUGAUCCCUGCCCAGAUGUAACUAAGAUAAGUCUGAAGCUCUCCAGUGUGGCUGUGACAGUGCUCCACAUUGAUCCAGUGCUGUCUUCAGUGCUGGAUACAAGGGGCAAUCCUUCUAAUCAUGAUGACAAACAGAUUCAUCCAUUGUCCCAAAUGGCUGAAAAGUUUUUUACUGGUAUUGGCACUUACGGAUUUGGAGGGAAAGACUUUGAAGAGAUGUCUGCAAAAUUUACAUCAGCAUGCUGUGCAGAUCAUCUGAGGUGCAUGGUUGCUCCCCUGUCAUUUGAGUUUGAAAAAGUAGUCAAUAGCUCUCAUCAGACUGGAAACAGUGAACUGUCUGCUGGCAAAUUGGAGGUUAAUGAGUAUCUUUUUGAGCAUUCAUCCUCCUCAACAUCUACCCCAAUGCCAUAUUCCUCCACACAGUUGCUGAAGUUGUUUUCCAGUGAUAGCCAAACUGCCACACCAUACAUUGGUUUGAAUCCAAUGCCCUGCCUGAGGAUUAAAUACAGAAGCACUCAAAGAACAACUUCUCCAGGGGUUGUUCAAGGUCGCAACAUUGUACUUCCCAAACUGGAUUUAUCUCUGGAGCUCGGUGGAUUGCUUUGCGAACUGGAUGUCUCCAUUGUUGACAGACUGACGGCAUUGUUAGACCCUCAACCAGUCUUCAUGAACCAUCCCUCUAAUAUGCAAUCUCGCAUGUUCAAAUCCUGCAAUCCAACAGUUGUGAACCAGCAGGCUGUGUUUACUCAAGCCAUGGAGGACACUCCCUCGGUAGAACAGCCUUUUAACGUUCACCUCACGUGCCCUUCACUAACAAUGGUCGUAAGAUUUCCUAUUCCCGAUUUACGGCCAGCUGUGGAUCGACGUCCUUGGUGGCAACAGUCCUUGAGGAAGGAACGCUUGAUAUUUGACUUUUCAGCUGUAGAAUUCAGUACAUUGUAUUCUGGAUCAGAAAACUCUUGCCUUUACAAUUUCAGUUUCAAAGAAUUACAAGGUUAUUUUCAGGAGGAUACAAGCAGUAAUAAAAUGCCAGUUAUUUGUGUAACACAUUGUCAGUCGGACGAGGAGACAGGAAAUGGAGAGUUUGAUUGGCCAAGGAUUGUAGUAAAAGUCCAGCCCGCGGCUCCUCUAUCAGCUUUAGAGGAAGUUCCGUCUUCAGAUAACUCGCCUCUCAGCUCCCUAGAUGCCUAUCCUGUGAUGAAAGCUGAGCCGUCGCCAUUUUCCUCCAGACCUGUCAUGUUUGAGACAGAGGAGCUGCUAAUGCCUGGCACAAGGGAGGAAAUGGGAAAAUUCCAAGAGGACACUGUGUUGACCUCAAGGGUACAUGUGGAAUGCUCCUUUCCAAGGUUUGAUGUCAACUUACACACAAAGGAUGUGUUUGAGAACAUCUAUAACAGGCUGGCCACUGAUCUGUUGCUAUGGGAACCCAUGGCACCCUCACCCGCUGACCGGCCGGACUCGUUUAGUUUUAGUGUGAGCGCAGGGUUGGAUUUGGCGAGCCAGAUGCUGAGGGCUCAUGGUCCAGAUCGGUUUGUCAUGUGUCGAUCAGGGCUUCGGAGUUACGAUGACGAUGCUUCUUCCACCGACGAUGAAGACAGCAGUAAUUUCACAUCCCUGGAGAACAAGUACAAACGUACAAAAUCUAACCCAAACGGACAGACAGCGUUUACACUGACGCUAAAUGUGGAAAAGGCUCGACUGGCAGUAUUCCCUAAGAGCGAGAUUUUGUCUCCAAGUGGAAGUUCAAAGGAUUCUACCUCAUGCUCUGAAGAAGUGUUGGGAGAAAUAGCAGCUGAGUUUAAUUACGUCUCAUUCUUCGUGGCAGCUUGUUAUAAGAGUCAAGUAGACCUCACCUAUCUUUGCCUUCAGUCACAAAAGGUCGCUUUUCAGCACGCGCCUGUGGUUCCAGAGGCAUCUCAUGAGUCUAUGGAGUCUGCAUUUAGUGGAGCUGAGCUCCAGUCUACCCUCUAUCACACUGAACCGGGUGUGAGACAAGGCGACGGGAGAACUAGUGAACCAAUGUUUGCGUUUGCCAUCAAAGUCUCGGCAGAUACUUCAAAGAAUAUUAAGGAGAUUCUGUUGUCUCUGGGACUGCGCAGAAGCACUCUUCGCCACAGAAUGCUGGCUUCUAAACAGAUGUGGCUGACUCAGGUUCGUGAUUUUUUCGACGUGAAGGAUGACCCAGUGCUGGGUUUUAGUCCCCCAGCGGUAAUAACAGUGUUCCAUACGCAUGUUUGGGAGGGUACCAUUGACUACAGGCCAAUCCACUUACCAUUACGGGUUCUUGUAACAAUGGGUACUUUUAGCGUGUCGAGUAACAUCACCGUAGAAUCUAAUGUUUCCCUUUUGAGAUUUAUUAUCGAUGACGCGGCGUUAUAUCUUUCCGACAAAUGCAGUGGCGCUGCCAACAUCAGAAACUACGUAUGUGUUGUAGAUCUGGGGAUGUUUGAGCUCUCCUUAUUCACCAGUGAUGGUAGUGAAAAGGGUCAUCCUCAGUCGGAACUGCGCAUGUCCAACAACACAGUUAAUGUCCGAACGUGCUCGGACUCAUGCUCCGCACUGCUUCAACUGAUUCAGUACAUUGCAGCGGACGGGGAUCUAGUGCCUAGCUACGAACCGGAGGUACCCGAUGCCACGAAAACGCCCUCGACUCCAAGCCGCUGUCCAGCCGAGCCGCCAGUCAAGCAAGGGUCCAUAGAUGAAGGUGAACUGAGUAGUAUCAUGACAGAGGCCAUGGUAGAUACUCACGCGGACGAAGGAGCCUCGCAUGACAAGAGCGUCAAAGGAGACCUCCUCAAUCACCAGCUUUCCAGAUCACCAAGACGAGAUCUGUUCUUGUUUCCUGAUGACGAGCUGAGCAGUCUUGUGGAGGAGUAUUACCCCCCGGAAGGUACAAAUGCAGAGUCGCCAAAUCCGGGGGAGGUGGAGGAAGAGGAGGAGGAUAGUGAUGACGAUUUCUGCAUCCUGGAACACCCAGAUAAAGAACCUGAGGGUUUAAGCCAUGAGGUUAUCAUCAAACUUCUCACAGAUGAACAAGUCAACAUUGCAGAUAAUCAUUUUACUGUUCCUCUGGGUCCAAGUGACCAACUGUGCGCCCCUAGUAAUUUUCCACCAGCGGUGUUCUGCUGUACGCUAAAGGAGAUGUCCGUUGUAUGGCAUCUGUAUGGCGGUCGGGACUUUGGUGGAUCAGUAUCACGUGACACGAAGAAGAAAAUAGCUUUUGCAUUGGAUGAAAGAGGACGGCCUGUCGACAGUUCCUUUGUGAAGAGACCCACGUCGUUGCUCACGAAAAACACGGCACCAGCGAGCACUGCAAACAAACUAAACGGAGGACCGGACAGAAACAACAAUGUGCUGAUGGAGUUUUAUUUAAACAAGAUUCGUCUACAGUACGAGGAAUACCCCGAGGACACACAGCAAGCGUCAAGGGUUGUGGUGCUCGUGCAAGAUGUUGAGAUAAGGGACCGUUUGGAACAAUCUCAGAUGAACAAGUUCUUAUACCAGUAUGACUCCACGGCCUGCCCGAAACAGACUCAUGCAAACAUGAUCCUGCUUAAGAUGCUUCACAUUCGGCCCGAUCCUGGUCUCAAAGCCCAAGAGUGUAAUCUGAGAGUUUCCAUGCAGCCUCUGAGGUUGAAUGUUGAUCAGGACGCUUUAUUUUUCUUGAGGAAUUUCUUCUCGGAAGUCUUGGGAGAAGCUGCAAAAAACCCUAAAGGAUCUAGUUCAGUUGAUUCCAGUCCUGUCAGGCCGCCCCCGACUUCUGAUUGGUUAUUGGAGACCCCAAGCGCCGAAGAGAGCCUGGUAGAGUCCGCGAGUGAGUCGGAAACAGUCACCUCCCAGCCAGCACCUACCUUCUUUAGGUCCUUUGUAUUUUCUCCUGAGGUACCUAUUAGGUUGGAUUAUCAGGGAAAGAGAGUCGACAUGGAGCAGGGCACCUUGGUUGGUCUGUUAAUCGGUCUUGGUCAGCUCAAUUGUUCCGAGCUGCGUCUCAAACGCCUGUGUUGUCGUAGCGGAUUGCUUGGAAUGGACAGAGUCAUCAACUACGCGUUGUCUGAGUGGCUUUCGGACAUUAGGAGCACCCAGCUGCCCCGGAUACUGGGUGGGGUUGGUCCUGUGCACUCGUUUCUUCAGCUUUUCCAGGGAUUAGUGGACCUGGUGUGGCUGCCUAUUGAUCAGUACUGGCGAGAUGGGCGUGUCAUAAGGGGACUGCAGAGGGGAGCCAACUCCUUCACUACUUCAUCUGCUAUGGCCUUUCUUGAACUGACCAACCGAGUGGUGCAGAUGAUACAGGCAGCAGCUGAGACAGCAUAUGAUGUAGUGAGUCCAGACUCCCCAGUGAAACGCGGCCAGAAUCGACUGGCACAGCAGCCGUUUGAUUUACGUGAAGGAGUAUCCAAUGCUUACCAAGUCCUCAGGGAGGGACUGGGUCAAACAGCCACAAACAUUGUUCAAGUCGCUAAAGAAGAACACGAACAGAACGGAGUAACUGGGGCUGUUGGCGGUGUCUUGCGUCAGGUCCCGGCUACAGUGGUCCAGCCCUUUAUUCUGGCUACAGAGGCCACGUCCAGUGUCCUGGGAGGAGUCCGUAAUCAAAUCCUUCCCGAUGCCAGACGGGAGGCCGCGGAAAAAUGGAGAGCAAGCCCUUGAGAAUUUAAGCCUGGAAACGUUUUAAGAAACUCUUCUUUGAUAAUCUAUAUCCAUACUGGUAGAUAUCUGUUCUGUUUGUAAGAUGAAGAAUGUCAACGCUGUAAGCCAAGUCUCAGACGCAACAGGACAAGUUAUCCGUAUGAUGACAACAAGUUCGACCCCUGUUGUACGCGUUUUACAAUUCUCAGCUGGCAUUUUAAUUUCUUGGCUUCUUGUUUUCGUGUCUUCCCUCAGCAUUUAGGAAAAAAAAAUAACUUCAAGAAUCGAUGAAAAAUUAAGGAUAUUUGGUUAUUGCCUUUCGUAGUAUGGUGCGAACAAUAAGUACUUAAUGAGUGAUCCCAAGUGAAAAACAAAACUAAAUGUUUAUUGAGGGGCCAGUUACUAAAAGGUUUGCUAUACCUGCCAACUUAAAAAUAGAAGAUGUUUUUCUUGAUGCGGGCUUGAACACAAAUGUGCCGUGGUUUCAAGAUACAUGACCUGAUCACGUGCAAGUCGAAAGUUCAAAUUGUUGUUUCCCUGGGGACUUAGUGAGGUUUCUUCGCCCAAGAAGUUGGCGAGUUUGACGUAUUGAGUGUAACACGUUCUCCUUCAAUCGGAAAACGUCUUUGAGUUGGAAGGUAUAACAAUAGGGACUUUUUGGAAAUUUGUGACGUUAGCCUUUUGCUAUGAUGAAAUCUCAGUUGCCCAGCAACUUUUUGACGUAAUUGCGGGCUCACUCAAUCCCAGCAUUAUUGCUGAACAUGAACUGUUUUAAUCAUUGUUUUAGGGUUUGAAAUUCAAAUCGUUUUUUAAGUAUAAUUUCAUCUCUACAGUAGACAUUGCAACCUAGAAUGUAGCUGUUACAGGGUAAAAACUUCACUGUAGUGAUAGAUAUGAAUGUAAGUGUACGCUUAAAAGUUAAGGGAGGAAUUUGUGGUAUGUAUGUAGUCUUAAAGAGAGAGGUAUAUAUAAAUGCGGAGAAAAAGCUUGGUUCAGUGUCUGAGCAAUUGCGCACCCACUCCUCCCGUGACCCGACAACAGUCACCUGAUAAGAACUUGGGGUUAAUGUUGGGUUAGGGUAAGUGCGUUUUUACUCAGAUACUGACUUUGAUCUAUACACUUCACAGCUUUCUGACUUUAUAAUGGGGUAGGAAAUUAUGUAAAAGCUUUUCUACCUGAAAACCUGUACAUGCAAAAAAACUGUACAGCCGUUUUAUAACUGUAGAAAUAUGUUGGAUAUGUACAUUAUUUUCAGUAUUGUACAUAAAGGAACAGAUAUUGUUUCGUUGCAUGGAGCUUGAAUGUACAUAGAUUUAAACUGUGACUCGGCUUGUGCAAGCGUGAAAGUAAUUCUGUAUUUUUUUUUUUUUUCGUGUGAGCUUCCACGCAUGUAGAACUUUGCUUGUGCACCAGAGAAAUGAGUAGAGUUAGGGAUUGCUUGCUGUUGUGAAUGAAAACUAUAUGUAGUCGGUGAGAAUCUAGUAAAUUCUUAAAUUAUGA